CCCGCCGUCUUUCAAGCCACGGUCAGAAGGCGAGAGCAACUCGAAGGCUCACUUUGGACAAAAAAAUAAAUAAAUUCCAUAACAUUUUGGAGCACACUGCCUGAAGGUUCUGCAGAAUGUGUAAAGGAUUAGCUGCCCUGCCCCAAACCUGCCUCGAAAGGGCUAAAGAGAUCAAGUCCAAAUUAGGAGUCUUGCUUCAAAAGCCAGAAAAUGCAAUCGACCUCAUCAUUCCCUAUCCGGAGAAAACGGAGAAGAAGCCGGAGAAGCAGCAGAAACCGUCGUGCGAGGAAGCGUCGCAGUGGCGUGAGAGUCUGGACCGAGUCCUGAACAACAACUAUGGUCUCGCUACUUUCCGUAGCUUCCUGCAGUCCGAGUUCAGUGACGAGAAUAUUGAGUUCUGGAUGGCCUGUGAGGAUUUCAAGAAGACCAAGAACCCGGCCAAGAUGGCGGCCAAGGCCAAAAUAAUCUACGAAGACUACAUUCAGUCCGAGGGACCGAAAGAGGUCAACAUUGACCAUUUCACCAAGGAUGUGACCCUGAGGAAUUUGGUGCAUCUUACUCCCGAAAGCUUUGACCUGGCCCAAAAGCGCAUCUACGCCCUGAUGGAAAAAGACUCCUUCGGUCGCUUCCUGCGGUCCGAGCAGUACCAGGAGCUCUUGGUCAACUAAAUCCGAGCCGGAGAGCGAGCAGCUGGGUGGGGAAGUGCUGGAUGGAUUUGGCUCCAAUAUGAUUCCUUCAAAAUUAAAAAUGAACAUUUUGAAUUAUUACGUUGAAUCGGUGUCAAGAGAAAAAUAUAUAUUUCUUUUUUUGAACAAAAUGCGAGCGAAAAGUGGAAUGAACAAUUCUCGGGUCAAAGAAAAUCCACGACGUCGCGCACCCACUUCUCCACCCGACGCGCACUUUUGCAAUCCUGUUGAAAAAGUCAGCUGCUCAAACUAAAUGGGACCAUCAAAUUUCCCUCCGCAUCGCAUCCCUUGCGAUACAGAAGCAACAAAAUCAAUAACUAACAAUCAAUUGUCAUCAUGAAGAGAGGGCGUCAUUAGAAGGUCAUUUGUUCAGACCUGAUUGAGUUUUCGAAGGCGGAGCCAAACUGCCCGCGAAUGACGCAAAACUGCAUUUCGACAUUCCUUCAAAAACAUCUUUGAAGAAUUGUCAAAUCGAAGGAUUUGACAAUUCUUCAUUUUGCGCCGGAAAAAUGGCAAGCUAGCGAUACACGCUACGCUAGUCUGUCUGUUCCAGCUUGACUGCGCCUCAGCGCACACAACAAAGUCCUUCCGAAACCCCCACCAAAAAUGUAAAUUUCCCCAGUGUGGGACAAAUAAAGGAUAUCUUAUCUUAUCUUAUCUUAAACACUUUUGGACUGGAGGAUGUUGGACUAGAGACGCCUCGUGUCUCUAGUCAAUGAGCGCUCGCAGAAUGAUGCUCUCUUGGAGCAAAAGCGGGGUCCUUUUCCUUACUGUAAAAAAAAAAAUGUAGUUUGAACUCCAAAUGUCAAGCUGGAAAGUGAAAUAAAUCUUUUCAGUACUACACGCAUACAAAAAAGAGUUUGAAGGACUCUGUAUUGUCACCCCAACAACUCAGCAAAUUGUUUUGAAGCAAAAAAAAAAAAGUUUUCCGAGUGUACCUGUUCCAGCACACCUGAUUGAAAUGAUUAUCUCUUCACCCCCUUAACCCCCCCCAAAAAAGCCCUUAAAACUAAAUCAGCUAAUGGCAAAUGAUUGACAUGUUCCUAAAAUGAAACGUGCAUCGGCCCUCCUGCAAAUUACAACGCGCUGAGUGAUUAUCACCGUACCCUCUUUUGUCGUUCCUCACACGCUCGCGCUCACGCAUUUCUUUCGAAUGUCCACCGCGCUCCUCUUUUGGCUCCUGCGAGAGCCGCCGCCCUUGCGGAAAGUGCUGGCAAGUUGGCUCAGUGGUCGAGCUCCUCAGCUCCCACGAAACUGCAAGUCGCUCGGAUGGGAAAUCACGUGGGAGGGAAACUUGGAAUCAGGCAACUGCGCGGCCAUUUGCUUUUUAUGAAAUGUACACCCAGACAUCAGCAAGCUAGCUGGAGCGACGUUUUUAUCCCACGUGCUCUCACUUCCAAUGUUGUAUUCGCCGUACCCGCAAACACGAACCAGGGACGAGAUUUCCGAUUGCUCCCAAUGCUAGUUGAUCUCUUUCUUCGAUUGAUUCGUUGAUUGGUAUAUAUUGGAGCGGAAAGUCAACAGUGAUGGAAACAAUGCUAUGGCUAAUAUUUGUCUUCAAUUAGAUUAGAGUUCACAUACUGCAAUUAUAUACAUGUUUACGACAUACAUCUGUUUACGAUAUAUCUAUAUAUAUGUGUAUUACAAAAAGCAUGUAUUCUGUAAUCAACGCAUUUAUUGUUGUUUCCAUAUUCACCAUUUGUGAAGUGCUUUUUGUUUUAGAGCAUCGGCGUGAUGUGGAGGCGAGCCGUGGCACCGAUUAGCCAGUCUGAUGCCACAAAAGGAGGCGCCGGUCCGUCGGCAUCGGCAGAUCAGAAACAAAAAAAAAAACGACUUUGAGAAUGAUGAAGAUGUCCCCUGCAAUGUAUGUUUUGGGAGUUGAGCACAUAAAUAUAUCAUAUCUGCGUACUACA